AUGGCUUUAGAAAAAGAAUUUUAUACUCUGAAAUCAUCAAAUGAUAAGCUUUCACCGGACAAAAAUAGAAAUACGUUCAAUGCACUUAAUGAAAAUAUUAAGAAAUUCCUUAGUUUCGUUGGACCAGGCUAUGUUAUCGCCGUCGGAUAUCUUGAUCCAGGCAAUUGGGCGACAGAUUUAUCAGCCGGCUCACAAUUUGGUUAUCGGUUGUUAUUUGUAUUAUUUUUCUCAAAUAUAAUGACAAUUAUAUUACAAUCAUUGUCAAUUAAAUUGGGAGUGGUAACGGGACUAGAUUUAGCACAAGCAUGUAAAGUAUUUUGGCCAAAAUACAUCAAUUAUAUACUUUAUAUAUUAUGUGAAUUGGCAAUCAUAGCAUGUGAUUUGGCAGAAGUGAUUGGAAGCGCGAUCGCAUUGAAAUUAUUAUUUUCUAUACCAUUACCAUGGGGAGUUGCGAUAACAGGAUUAGAUGUUAUGGUUUUAUUACUUUUCUAUCGCAGCAAUGAUAUGCAAGCUUCUAGAAUAUUGGAAUCAUUAAUCAUGACCUUAAUCGGAGGUGUUGGAAUCUGUUUUAUCUUGGAAGUCAUUUACUCCAAACCCGAUUCAAGAGAAGUUUUGAAAGGAUUUUCACCAAAUUUGAACGAAAUAUUUCUGAAUUCGGCAGAAUUAUACGUAACAAUCGGACUUAUUGGUGCCACGGUCAUGCCACAUAAUCUAUACCUACAUUCUCAUCUGGUAAAGAAUACGAUUAAAUUAUCAAUCAUAGAUUUAAUGGUGGCAUUAUUAAUUGCAUUAUUUGUAAAUUUAGCCAUUUUAAUUGUAUCGGCAUCAAAUUUUUAUUAUCAUGAUAGAUAUGGAGUCAUAGUAGUGGCGAAUUUAUUCGAUGCGUAUAAUCUAUUAAAAAAAUUUAUCGGACAAGCGGCGGCGACAAUAUUUGCUUUUGCUUUAUUGUUAUCGGGACAAAGCUCAAUGCUGGCGGUUACGAUUGCGGGUCAAAUCGUUAUGGAAGGAUUUAUCGGUUUAGAAUUACCCCCAUGGUUAAGAGGUUUAUUCACUCGUAGCGUUGCCAUCCUGCCCGCCAUGUUUAUCGCUAUCAUUGAAGGUAGUAAUGGAUUAAAUAGCCUUUUAAUCUCUAGUCAAGUUAUUUUAAGCCUUUAUUUACCAUUCGCCGUUAUCCCUUUGAUUUAUUUCACCAGUACAAGAAAAAUUAUGAAAGUUGAUAUUAGAGAAAUAAUCAAACCAUUAGGAUCUCCUGAUGUUUUAAUCAAAGAUGAAAAAUAUUUAAUCGAUUUCUCUAAUUCACUUUAUUUAGUUAUUAUUUCCUGUAUAAUUUGUAUUAUUAUUCUUGUUUUAGAUUUAUAUUUAAUUUAUUAUUUCAUCAAACACUCUUGA